AUGGAAUUUGAGGAAGUUGAAAUUGAAGAUGUAGACGAAAAAGCAAAAGAAGCCGACGAUUAUGAGUUUGAAUUCCCAUUGUUUGCUUCGGCACCUCCCAAGGAUAGUAAUGAUGAAACGAGAGGAAGAACUACGGAGCCUGUUAUGAAAGUCUCGUUAAGAGAGCGAUCAGAAGAAAGAAUAAAAAACGACAGGCCGACGUCUUACUACUUUGCAGUUUACACAGAAGAAGAGAAAAGGCGCUUUGAGCAGGCGGCUAUCACGACAGAAAUUUUGUUCAAGCACGAAGUAAUAGUUGAUCAUCAGCCUUGGAAGUGUAUCAAUCUUACAGAGUAUAAUGCCAAAAUAAAGCCCAAAAAACACACUAGGGCGGGAAAAAAGAAACGACAGGCAAAGAUAGAGGGUAGGAAACGUCGAGAAGAGAGAAACCUCGUAAAGAAAAAGCUUGAAGAAGAAGCACAAGCCCGUUUACUCAAGAAGAAGUUGCAUAAGCGAGGAGGGAAAAAGCACAAGAAGAAGGAGGAAAAGCCAAAACAAGAAAAGCAAAUGCCUCGAUUCCGAACAGAAUAG